UCUAGAGGCUUUCUAGGAAUAACAUAUAGUUUCAAAAUGGAAUCACUGCUUCCCACAAAGUUCGCCACCUUCCCAACAUUGAUGAUGAUGGUGUUGCUUUCUUUGUUAGUACUACUCUUCUCCAAUCUUUGUUUCCCUGUUUUCAACAUGGCAGCAGCUUCAAAGAUUGAAUCCGAAGGGAAAGCUCUUCUUCAAUGGAAGGCCACUCUUGAAAUACAAGAACUUAUUAACACCUGGACAUCAAAGACCAGUCCAUGCAAUUGGACUGGAAUCACAUGCAGAAAUGAUGGCCAUGGCAAUGCAACAACCAUCAUCAGGGUCCAACUGGGACAGUUGGGACUAGAAGGGAAGCUGGAGUCUCUUGACUUCUCAGCUCUGCCAUCACUCAGAGUUCUUGACCUCAUUGACAACCAUAUGUACGGAUUUAUCCCUGCAGCCAUUUCAGCUUUGUCCAAGCUCACCAUCCUUGAUCUCGGUAACAACAGUCUCACAGGCAUCAUCCCAUCAGAGCUCGGUAAUUUGACGAGGCUCAAGACCUUGUCUCUCCGUUAUAAUCAGAUAAGUGGCUCUGUACCUCCUUCUUUUGGAAAGCUUCUGAACUUGCAAUCAAUUGACAUCUCUGUAAAUUUCUUAGUUGGUUCUAUCCCUCUAGUGUUUGGAAACUUGACCAAACUCAAUGCUUUAUCCUUAGCAAAAAAUAACCUCACUGGUUCCAUUCCUCCAAACAUAGGAAACCUAAGUGAACUUAACAAGUUAAUCCUUUUUGAGAACCAAUUGUACGGAUCUAUACCACGUUAUAUAGGAAAUCUGAUCAAACUUGAAAAUGUUGCCCUCUCUGUGAAUAACAUAAAUGGCCCCAUUCCUACUGAAAUUGGAAAUCUAAUGAACUUGAGAGUCUUUAUGAUAUAUAACAACCAAAUAACUGGUCCCAUCCCAUAUAGUUUUAAAAACUUAACAAAACUCGAAUUAUUUUUCCUAAGUGAAAACAACCUCAAUGGCUCCAUUCCUUACGAGAUUGGGAAUCUAGUAAACUUGAUAAACCUUGACAUAUCUGUAAACCAAAUAACUGGUCCCAUCCCUCAUGGAAUUGGAAAUCUAACAAAGCUUGAUUCUUGUUACCUGUAUAGUAAUAACAUAAAUGGCUUCAUUCCUAGUGAGAUUGGGAAUCUAAUGAACUUGAAAAAUUUUCAAAUAUCUGACAACCAAGUAACUGGUCCAAUCCCACACAACAUUGGAAAUCUGACUAAUCUUCAAACUUUUCACCUAGAUAAUAAUAACAUAAAUGGCAUCAUUCACCCAUCUCUUGGAAAUUUGAAGGGUCUUACUGAAAUGAAAUUAUUUAACAAUCAUCUCUUUGGUAUAGUGCCUAAUGAAUUUGAGAACCUUACAAACUUAAUUAUCAUUGACGUAUUUAACAAUAGCCUUUUUGGUAAUCUACCGCCAAAUUUGGCUAAAGGGGGUUUGCUUCAGCAUCUUGCUUUAGGAUAUAACAAUUUCCAAGGUCCCAUUCCAAUAAGUUUGAAAAAAGCAAUAAACUUAGUUAGGGUCCGGCUUGAAAGAAACCAAUUCACUGGAGAUGUCUCUCAAAGCUUUGGUAUUCAUCCAUAUUUAUAUUAUAUUGAUCUAAGCUUUAACAGAUUGUCCGGCACUUUGUCACCGUCUUGGGGAGAAUGCCUUAACUUGACAAGCCUUAAAAUAUCAGGAAAUAGAAUCAGUGGACAAAUACCACUAGAAAUCGUUCAAUUGCCAAAGCUGCACCUACUUGACAUCUCUUCUAAUAAUUUUGUGGGAAAUAUCCCGAAGGAGUUUGGUAAAUCACCUUACAUAUUUCAGUUGAACAUGUGCAACUAUCAUCUCACAGGAACCAUACCACCAGAAUUUGGGGGUCUAUCUUUAUUAGAAGUUCUAGAUCUGUCAAGCAACAAUCUGAGAGGAGAAAUACCAAUCCAUUUGGAGAAUUGCAUUAAAUUGAACUCACUCAACUUGAGUGAUAAUCAACUAAGUGGAGUGAUCCCUUUUCAACUUGGUAAUUUGAACUUGCAUGAUGUUCUAGACUUGAGCCACAAUUUAUUCAUAGGAGAAAUACCACAACAAUUAAGCAAGUUAAUGGAGUUGCGAGAGUUGAACUUAUCACAUAAUGAAUUGGUCGGUCCAAUUCCAUCUUCUUUCCAAUCAAUGAUAGGCUUAAUAUCAUUGGAUUUGUCUUAUAAUUAUUUGGAAGGUCCGGUUCCAGAGAGCCAUUUCUUUCAAGCAGCUCCCCUUGAGUGGUUUACCCACAAUAAAGGUUUAUGUGGCCAAGUGCAUGGUUUACCUCCGUGUCAUCAAUCUUGGUCAGCAAGUAAAGGUGAUGAAGAGAAACAACAUAAAAUCAUUAUCUUAGUUGUUCCUUUGAUAUGUGGCAUUUUACUUGUCUUAUUUUUGAUAAUUGGAAUAUGCACAUUGCUUUAUUGUAAGAAAAAAAGAUCCACUGUGAAUGACACAAGUGAAGAAUUUGAUGGACAUUUCUUCUCCAUUUGGAGAGUUAGUCAUGGCAAGGAAGCAUAUAAAGAGAUCAUUAGAGCAAAAUAAAAUUUUGAUGAAAAGUAUCAGAUUGGUACCGGAGCUUGUAGUAUAGUCUAUAAAGCCACACUUUCAUCAGGAUUGACACUUGCUAUCAAGAAAAUUCAAAAAGAAGUCCAAAUGAAUGAGGAAGCUUUCCGAAAUGAAAUACAAGCAUUAACUGAAAUCCGGCAUCGGAAUAUUGUGAGGUUUUAUGGUUUCUGCUCUACAAAUAAAUUCAACUUUCUGGCAUAUGAAUAUAUGGAGAGAGGAAGCCUGGGCACUAAUCUAAGAUCUGAACAAGGAGCAAUGGAUUUGGAUUGGAUCAAGAGAGUCAGCAUUGUACGAGACAUUGCUCAAGCUUUAUCUUACUUGCAUCAUGCUUGUAAUCCAUCUAUUGUUCAUCGACAUAUAACGAGCAACAACAUUCUUUUGGAUGAAGAGUACAAGGCUUGUGUUGCGGACUUUGGUAUUUCUCGAUUACUAAAAUCUAAUUCUUCACAUUGGAGUUUGCUUGCAGGCACAUGUGGGUACAUGGCACCAGAGCUUGCCUAUACAACGAGAGUGACUGGAAAAUGUGACGUAUAUAGUUUCGGAAUUGUAGCACUUGAAGUGAUACAUGGAACACAUCCUGGGGAUCUCCUAAGCAACUUAUCAUUAAGUAUGCUAGUGAAAGAUAUGCUAGAUUCACGUCUUCCCAUUCAUAUUACUGAUCAAGUGACCACAAACCAAGUGCUUUUGGUGAUUUUGAUAGCAAUGCAGUGCAUUGACACUGUUCCACAGGCUCGCCCUACAAUGCAACAAGUAUCUCAAAGGUUGUCUUC